AUGUACACUCCAAUCGAGUAUAUACUCACGAUUAUCUCCAUUCUUAAUUUGUGCACCGCAUUUGUAAUUUACAUGGUUGACAAGAGGGAAGGAGUUUCCGUCAAUUCCGGUAAACAUUUCAAAAGUUUUAGAGUUUGUAUCACCAUGUCUAUACUUUUUGGUGUGGCUUCAAUGUGUUUUCUUUUGAAGAAUUACAAAUUAAAUGGUGGAGGUGAGGUGUAA